AGUCCCAGGAAGCUUUGGGCAGACCUGGAAAAGGCAGCCACUUCCUGAAAAUCCGGGAAAUCGAAGAUGGAUUCGCUGUUUGUAAUUGUGUGCGUCGUGCGUGGGAAGCAGUAAUUGGAACUGAAGAAAGUUAGAUACAGUGUACAAUCAUGCAAAUGGAAGCAUCAAAAUAAACUAGGAUUCCAAGGUAGUCAUUGACUUAUAGCUGGUUGCUUGGUGACUGUUUGAAUUUACGACAGACCAUCCAAAGGAAACUUUUUUACUGAUUGCAAUGGGCUGCCGGGAUGUUCAUGCUGCAACGGUCCUAGCCUUCCUCUCUGGAACAGCUGCUUUAUCAGGACUCAUUGCUGCUGCACUGCUUCCAAACUGGAGACAAAUGCGACUCUACACCUUUAACAAAAAUGAAAAGAAUGUGACCGUUUACACUGGGCUAUGGAUUAAGUGUGUUCGCUCUGAUGGGAGCAAAGACUGUGUCAUUUAUGACACUGAGUGGUACACAGCAGUUGAUCAACUAGAUUUGCGUGUCCUCCAGUUAGCUCUUCCCAUUAGCAUGUUGACCACAGUCUUGGCCCUCUUUCUCUGCUUAAUUGGCAUGUGUAACACAGCUUUUGUAUCCACUGUGCCUAACAUCAAGCAGGUCAGAUGCCUCAUCAAUAGUGCAGGCUGCCAUCUUGUGGCCGGCCUUUUCUUUCUUCUUGCAUGUGUCAUUUGCCUGAUACCAUCAGUUUGGGUCAUCUUUCAUAAUAGAGAGCUGAAUCAAAAAUAUGAACCCGUUUUCACCUUUGACAUUUCGGUUUACAUUGCUAUUGCCAGUGCAGGUGGCUUAUUGUUUACAGCUAUUCUCUUAUGCCUUUGGUAUUGUGCAUGCAAGACGUUACCUUCCCCUUUCUGGCAGCCUCUAUAUUCGCAUGCCCCUAGUGUGCACAGCUAUGCUUCCCAACCAUAUUCUGCACGAUCACGGCACUCUGCCAUUGAAAUUGACAUCCCUGUGGUUACACGUACUUCUUAAAAGAGUGGGUCAAGAAAGCCAAACAUUCCUUUGCGUGUUCUCCCUUUAUGCUAGCAUUUACAGGUUAAGUGCUUUCCCACAGCUUGGCAACUUCUGCAACUAUAGCAAGGGUUUGUAGUUUGGUGACUUUUACUUUCAUUAUCUAGAUCAGGGGUAAGCAACCUUGGUUCUUUUAUGACUCGUGGACUUCAACUCCCAGAAUUCCUAAGCCAUGCCUACCUCUGGUUGCCUACCUCUGAUCUAGAUUGAUAAUGAGCCGGUAAUGAAAUAAUAGUCUUAGUUAUAACUGCAAAUUUUUAAGGGUAUCUGAAACCAGCAGUUUUUAUAAGUUUAUAAAUAACAAAUGUUAGUAUCAUUUUACUUUUGCAGAACUCAAGUUUCUUCCAUAAAAUAUAGUAUGAAAAAUACUGUCAUGCUGGUUUUUUCCCAGCAUUGAAACAUUUAAGUACAGGUAGUCCUUGACUUACAACUAUUUUUUUAACAAGUGGUUCAAAGAUACAAUGGCCCCAGAAAAAAUAAUUUACAACCUGUCCUUGCACUUAUGUCUGGCAUACCACUUCUGUGGUCAUGUGAUCACAAUUUGGGAGCUUGGCUACUGGCUUACAUUUAUGACUGGCUGCAACAUCCUAUAGUCACAUGAUCACAGUUUACUACCUUCCCAGUCGAUUUUCAAUUAAAAACAUCAGUUGGGCAUGGUGGUUUUUUUAAUGAUCACAUGAUUUACUUAUUUGUGAUGAUUCACUUAACAAUUAUAAAAAUGGUUGUAAAAUCAGAUUUGGUCACAUUUUAUAACCACAAUGACUUACAAAGGAAAUUUUGGUCUCAAUUGUGAUCAUAUGUCAAGGAUUACUUGUACUUCUUACCAGACCACAGGUAGUCCUUGACUUACAACCAUUCAUUUAGUGACUGACGUCACAAUCAUGCUGCAAAAAGUGACUUAUGACCAGUUUUCACACGACCAUUGCAGCAUCCCCAUGGUUGUGUGAUUAACAUUUGGAUGCUUGGCAAUUGGUAUGCAUUUAUAACGGUUGUAGUGUCCGGGGUCAUAGGAUCACCCUUUGCGAACUUCUGAUAAAGUCAAUGGGGAAGUCAGAUUCACUUAACAAACGUGUUGCUAAAUUAACUGCAGUAAUUUACUUAACAGCUGGCAAGGUAGAUUGAAAAUGGGACAAAAUUCAUUUAACUGCCUUGCUUAGCAACAGAAACUUUGGGCUCAAUUGUGGUCAUAAGUCGAGGACUACUUGUAUUCCUCUAAUUCGAAACAUUUGUAGUUUAAAUCUUUUCUUCACUGAUAGUCAUUGCUUAUUUUUACAAAUAAGCUAAUUUUGUCUGAAGCUAUACAGUAAUAGCUUGACAUUCAGUAUGCAAAGUAAUAGUUUAUCUACACAUUCAGUCCUGUACCUAUUCUUGUGUUUCAUUAUGCACAUACAAAAGAUACUUGUCAACAUUUUAAUGACUCAUCCUUUGCUCCUAUAAAGAUUGCCAGUUCUAAAGAAGCGUAAUGAUAAUUAGUGGGAGUAAAACUGCAUUGCCUAAGAAGUAUUUUGUUUGUUUAAAGAAAAGUUUUAAAGCUUUUUUUUUUUCAACAAAGGACAUUAUGUAAAAGUCUGUUUACAGCCAAAGCACAUGAGUAGUCUAUUAUCAAUAUCAAAUAGUCUCAGGAUUGAUUAUGGAGGCAAAAUCAAAAAUGUAGAUCAGUUGGACAGCAAUUAUACUUAGGCUCGUACAUCCCUUUAUUAUCAAAUAUUUUUAUAAUGUGAGUUUUUCCUUUAUACUUAAAAUUGUAAGUAUUCUAAAUAUUGAUUAACUUAGAAGAAAAUCUGCCUACUCUUAUUGAAAAAUUCCUUUCUGAUUUUAGAUUUUUUUUAAAAAAAAAAAGAAUUACAUUUAUGGGUUACUUUUUAUAAGUGGAUUCUUGAAAGCCAUGUUCCAAAUAAAUUACACUGAGUAUAGAAUAUUUUUAUAUAAUAUUACAGUUUUGAAGAUGAAAUUAUCAUUAAAAACACUUGCUAUAUUGUUACAUACAUAUAAGCUUGGUUUGUAGAUCUUAUUUUGUUUUCUUAUUCCUGAAAUGUUUUCAGAUGGACAUUUUUUUUCCAUUUUCCGGUAUUUACUGCUUUCUAAGUAGUACCAGAAGCAUAUAUGAACUUUGGAGUAUGUUUUUUGAUCUCUUUUUUAAGCAAAUAAGAAUUUACAAAAGCUUUUAAGUAUAUUCUGGAAAUUGAACCAAAUCUUGUAUCUUUCUUAUUGGUUUCUAAGAAUAUUACUUUAUUUGCUUUAAACAAUAAAAAUAGUAACAUAUGAUAAAGAAAGCAAAGCUUUCUUUAUAAUAUCUAUCUAUUUCUGUAGGCAAAUUAUUGGAAAUUGUUUUGUAUUAAUGUUUAUUUUGUAUUUACCAUUCCAAUUAUAUGUACAUCAGUCUAAGCUUUGUUUUGAAUGAGGAAUUUCUCCAAGAUGUUGGGUAUGUAACAUUCUUAACAGUGAUAUUUGCAUUGUUUACAACUAAAAAUAGAAUAUUAGAAAUGAUUUAUAUUUGCACUUAAAUGAAAUUCAUAAAUGGGAAGUGAAUACAAUUUCCUUCAAAUAGCUGCAAUUCAUGAAUAGCCUCAAAAUGCAGGACAGGUUUUAACUUAUAUGUGCUUUUAAUGACAAACGAAUAACAAUACUGCUUCUUCAGUUUUCCCAUUCAGGUAUUCAGUUUCUAUUGUCUUUUGGAGAAUUUGGAAAUCUUAUGGAAAUACAAUAGCUGCAUUCUGAUCACUUCUUCUUCUACUACUUCAGUUCUCAUCUUAGCAAUGAUAGGACUAAGAGUGAGAAGGCUCAGAUUCUUGUCCACCUGUAGUCAUAGAAGCUCGAUGGAUGAUUUUGACCUAGUCAUUCUUUCUCAGCCAACCUACCUCACAGGAUUGUUUUUGCAGGGAAAAAUGAAAGUAAGUCCUAUGAAUGCUGUUUUGAGCUCCUGUAUGAAAAACAAAGGAGGUAUGAAAACAAUUAGCAAACAAUACAUCAGUUACAUCAGAUAGUAUAAAUGAUGGAGCUGAUGUACUUAGCUUAGAGGCUUCAUUUUACCCUUUGUUAAGAAUAAUCUGAGAACCAGCUUGUUAAGGUAUCAUGGGGACCAGGAGACCGUGAGUUCUAGUCCUACCGUAGGGACAAAGCCAGCUGGGCAAACUUGGUCUCUCAGCUCUAGGAAGAAGGCAAUGGCAAACCACUUAUGGAAUCUUGCCAUGAAACUUCAGGGACUUGUCCAGGCAGUUUCUGAUAAUCAGUCACAAUUGAAUGCAAGCAACAACAAAAAAAGAGCAUACUCUUUUUGAUUGAGGUGGCAUAGAUAUAUCCAUAUAUUGAAUGGAACUGUUUUCCAAAAUAAAUACUCCAUUAUGUCCCCUGUGCUCUGUUAGCUCAAGCUCUCUGAAAGAAAUUAAAGUAUAUUGGAGUGAUCUUUUGGGAGAGGGGUGAAUUUCAUGGAGAUGGUGGAGGAUACACUUUGUCUUAUGGCUGGUGCUUUUAAUAUUGGAAGAAGACGAAUAGGAGAAUGCCUUCAAGAAUUGCUGUAUUUCAGUUUGGUCAUGACUCCAUAGGUAGCUGUUCUAUAUUAAAGCCAUUUUUACGGGUUUUAACUUGAAGUAUUGGGAUGCUGCAAAUAUUUAACUUGCUUUUCUGGGGAUAGGUUUUCACGGCCAGUAUCUAUUUAACAAUGUUGAGCUUCAGGAUUUAGUGACUGGUUUAGGCAAUGGAUUUCCUGAUAUUUUGCAGCAAUUGUACUUAGCAUCUUCAGAAACAAAGUGCUUGCCACGUGGACCGCAGGCAACUGAGCAGGGGCUGACUGUGCUCCUGUUUUUAUAGCCAUACAGUUAUAAAGCUAUAUAAUUUUGUAGUCUUUAUAGGUGUCCUGACUGCAAUAAGGACAGGAACCCAGUCAAACAUUGCUUAGUUACCUGUGAUCUGAACAGGUAACAUGAUUGCUAAAUCUGAAGCUCAAUACUGCCCAACUUGCUUUUCUGUUUUUAAGAGUACAAGGCCUUUAAGCAAAAUAAGAAAGUUACCACCAGUGCCAGCAUCAGGGGUAUCAGAGUAAUAAAUAGAAACAGCUCUGUGCCAUCUGUCCCAUUCACCCUAACUAACCACCUUAAAUGGGAAUAGACAGUAUCCCUCACUGAUGCUGAAGAAAAAUUGAACUGCUUGUCUAGUUGGAUUUUGUACAUUUUCUUAAUGAAAUAUUUAUUAUAAAUGGACUUUUUCACAGUGCUGGCUGCUUGUGCAUGCAGAAGCUAUUAAAGUGCUACUUGAGUGUAACAUUAAUCUGUUUCUUUUGAAUUUUAUCUUGUUUGGCAUGAUAUAGAGUAAUUUUUCAAAUACAAAAUUUUGGAUGUGAAUCCCACCACUCGUUUUAGAACAAAAUUUAUCUUUGUGUUGCAUGGAAAUGUAUAAAUUUAAUCAGAGUUGCCUACUGUAAAGAAAACUGGUUUUGACAUUUAAUGAUAUCCUAUAGUAUAUGUUUUUAUGUAAAGUGUGUAUUUUUAAUUAAAAAAUAAAACAUUUUGCAUUGGGUGAUCAGAC